GGUGAAACUGCAGAUAUGUGGAAUAUGUGGCAUUUAGUCUGGAAGCGUCUGGAUUGAAGGUUACAGCAGAUUUCAGCACAAGGACUGCUCCUCUAUCGGGCAUUCAUAGACAUAGAAACAAUGCCAAACUGGGGAGGAGGAAACAAGUGCUCAGCGUGCAGCGGGACGGUGUACCAUGCAGAGGAGGUGCAGUGUGACGGGAAGAGUUUCCACAAAUGCUGUUUCCUCUGCAUGGUCUGCAGGAAGGGUUUAGACAGCACCACAGUGGCCAUCCACGACCAGGAGAUCUACUGCAAGUCAUGCUACGGGAAGAAAUACGGACCUAAAGGCUAUGGCUACGGGCAGGGAGCGGGGACGCUAAACAUGGACCGCGGCGAGCGGCUGGGAAUCAAACCAGAGGAGACUCACACCCACAGACCUACAACCAACCCAAACCCGUCCAAAUUCGCCCAGAAGUUUGGAGGCUCCGACAAGUGUGCGAGAUGCGGAGACUCCGUCUACGCGGCGGAGAAGAUCAUGGGAGCAGGCAAGCCGUGGCACAAGAACUGUUUCCGCUGCGCAAAAUGUGGUAAAAGCCUGGAGUCGACGACUCAGACGGAGAAGGACGGCGAAAUUUACUGCAAAGCUUGUUACGCCAAGAACUUUGGGCCUAAAGGCUUCGGUUACGGCCAGGGAGCCGGCGCUCUGGUCCACGCUCAGUGAUGAUCCAUCUCCUGCUGGAAGAUUUCUGCCUGCGCCUCCGUUCAGAAAGUGGGCUUAACUUAUUUGUAAUACAGGUUUCAGAACAGCUGAUAAGUCGCACAAUUGCAGAGAGUUCAUUUCAUUUGUACCUUUACUUGUGACAGUUUAAAGACAAUAAAAGCUGAUAAAAAAAUCUAAAUAUAUUAAAAACUAGAAAGUAGAAAGAUUUACUAAUUUCAUAGUAUCUGCAUUAU